UAUAGUGUUGCUCAAAUGUAUUUUUUCCUUUUUCAGUGCUCUGUGAUACCCAGGCUAAACAUCAAGAUCCGAACUCGGUAUGAAAAUAACAACGGCUCCUCAGAAAAUUGUUUAAAUGUGAAUGAGGAAGAAUUGAAGCAACGCUUGGUAGACCACGUAGACAUCCUUACGGACCCAAUAGAUGAAAAAUACUACAAGAAAGAAGAGGACCUAUCCAUCUUUAAGUCAGCAAAAACAGGCCGAGGGCCAUUGCAGGAAGGUUGGCGGGAUACUGCGGACAUCAUUAUGUGCUCAUAUAAGCUAGUUGAUGUAUCAUUCCAAGUGUUUGGCCUUCAGACCAAAGUUGAAGAUUGGAUCAUGAGGGCAAUUCGGAAUGUUUUGCUUUUGGGACAUCGUCAGGCAUUUGCCUGGAUAGAUGAGUGGCAUGGAAUGACAUUAGAGGAUGUGAGAAACUAUGAACUGGGAAUGCAGAAGGAAACCAACGAGAGAAUUCAGGCUGCCCAAUUGGCAACAGAUGAGACAGGCAAAAAAAAUGAAGAUGAGAAAGAGGAAAAGAAAGAUGGAGAGGAAGAGGAGGAAGAUAAGGAGGAAGGUGGUGGAGAAAAUGAGAAGGAGGGAGGCAGUAUCACAGAAAAGAAGGAAGGAAGUACCCCACCAUCGCCAACAUCACCAGCUGCUAGCAAUGCCAGCAAUGGUAGCUCGGGGGGCACUCCCCAAAAGACUGGUUACCUGUCUUCUUGGUUCAAAUGGUCUUAAAUGAAAGUUCUUGUUUGGUCCUUAGCUAUGGGUUGAAUAACAAGAAAUUGGCCAUAUGGUAUCAUGGUUUUUUUAGGCGAGAGAAAGUAACCAUGUGGAAUUAAGGGUUUGUUGAUGGAAUGUGUUUUACCAUAUGGCACCAGUGUGAAAAGAUGGUAGGUUAUAGUGAAUAUAAUUCAUUGAGAGGUUGUCAUUAUCCAAGGCUGUUGUACGGUAGUAAAUGUUUAUGUAAUCUGCACAUAGUUGGUCUGUAAAGGGAUCAUGUAAAGUGGUUGAAGUACUGCUUGUUGAGGUGUGUAAGCAUGCGGUUUUAACAAAAAAGUAAGCAGAGGCUUGAUAUUCUUAGCAGGGAUAAGAAUAGAAACAGGGUCUUAUGCUUUUAGAUUUAAUAUUAUGCUCUUUGUUGGUAAGUCAUGAUGUUCAUGUUUAUCUGGAAAUAGAUAUCACACAAAAUAUUCGUAUAGUAAAUCCCUCCAUGUGAUGGAAAAAAUUUUCUCCAGUAUAUAAAUUGAAAUCUCCUAGGCACCUGUCCUGCCAUCACAAAGAAAGAAUAUAUACUAAAUUAUCAUCAAUAUUAUUAUCAUUAUAAUAAUAAUAGCAUUAUUAUUAUUAUUA